AUCUAUAAUGAGAAUAUGAGAUAUUCCGAAACAUUUUAUUUACUAUUUAUAUAAAAGAAACACAUAGAUUCUAUUUGUAUACGUGUAAGACCCAAAUUUCACCACCUCAAUGCUCCUCCAACAAAAGAACAUAACCUUAUCAAAAUCAGCAUAUAAACUCUUGUACUUCCCAUCUUUUCUCCACCUUCAAUAACAUAACAUCUUCAUCAGCAACAAACAAACCAUGGGAAACAAGAUAGGAAAGGAACCUGAGGUUGUCAAAGGUGUAGAUUUGGAGAGAUACACGGGUCGUUGGUACGAGAUUGCUUCUUUUCCUUCGUUUUUCCAACCCAAAAACAGUGAGAACACUAGAGCCACCUAUACUCUAAACAGUGAUGGAACUGUUCAUGUCCUCAACGAGACAUGGAAUAAUGGAAAAAGAAACUCCAUAGAGGGAAGUGCUUAUAAAGCUAACCCUAAUAGCGAUGAAGCCAAACUCAAGGUCAAGUUCUUUGUUCCUCCAUUCUUGCCAAUCAUUCCUGUUCUUGGAAACUACUGGAUUUUGUACCUUGAUGAAGAUUAUCAACAUGCUCUUAUUGGAGAGCCUACAAGAAAAUAUCUUUGGAUAUUAUGCAGACAAACGCAUUUGGAUGAUGAAAUUUACAACCAACUUGUUGAGAAAGCUAAGGAAGAAGGGUAUGAUGAUGUGACAACCAAAUUGCACAAGACUCCACAAAGUGAUCCUCCACCAGAGUGAGAAAAUUAAAUCCCUUUUUGGGAAAUAAAUAAAUAAAUAAAUUUGUAUGGAGAUUUCAACAAGUGUUAAUUUUAUCAUGUACUAUAUUAAAUAAAGAGUUCAGGAAUUUAAAUAUUGAGUAAUUUAAAUUUUAAUGCUUGUAUUGGUUUGUUUUGUGAAUAGACUAAAGAUAAGUUGGUGUUAA